CAAUUCCGCGUCAUGGACCACGACCUGACGCCCCUUCUGGAGAUUGUUGGACCCACCUGCGAGUGCACUGUGUGCUGUCCAUCGAUCCAGUUCGAGGUGAGCAGGAUAGGGGACCGGAAACCUAUAGGGGUCAUCUCGAAGUAUCGUGGGGAUUUCGUCAAGGAGUUUUUCACCGAUGCUGACACGUUCGGCGUGACAUUUCCAAUUGAUUUGGAUGUCAGGUUAAAGGCGACUUUGAUUGGAUGCGUAUUUCUCAUUGAUUUUAUGUACUUUGAAGAUCCAGCAAACAUGAAUAUGAGGAGUAGCUCUCAUAGACGUACUCGGUCCCUGAACCAAACAUCCACGCGAGAAGAGUUAGGCUUAUAGUGUGUGUGAAUAUGUGUGUG